AUUGAUCGACUUCAUAAAUUUCUUGGGACUGUGAAGGUUAAUUUAGAUGAUAUUUACUUUGAUCCUAGUGAUACGAGGGUAAUCGACCCAGCAAAUGUGGAUCGCCUUUACGGCAUAUUUGAAAAAGAGGGUUGUCAGCACGAAGCCCCUAAGCACCGUAUUCCGGUGACUAUUUCAGCGAGCCAGUUUGAGCUGGCAUUGAAUACAGCGGGCAUUGUAAGGAAUGAUCUGAAUAAUCCAAGCUCAGCAGAGCUUCCCCUGCUGCAAUUCGAACGCCAUGUACGUGGUCUACACGGUCAACAUCGCAUUCUGGCCGGCAAACGCUAUUUAGCACCACGGAAACAGUGGUGGACAGUUGAUCUCUACUUGAACGAUAUCUGCCAUGGUCUAGAAGAGAUACUUAUCGAAGAAUAUGCCAACGAGAAACCGUAUAGCGAGGGCCAUAUAUAUUACAGACUACGAUGUGCCAGUAGUGCCGCUGAUACUGAUUCUGAGCUGAGAUGGACUGCCCGUCUUUCAUCGAAUAGCCAGCUGCGUCUGAAAUCAUUUUUGAAUGUUGCUGAUCUCCGAAACGCCCUUGAUCUCGUUAUGCUUAUGCCGGGACAACGCCCAGCAUUGCGCAUAAGUAUGUUCCACCGUAUCCAAGCUAUCAAAUGUAAUGAGGAAUUAUGUCGAUAUUUGAAUCAUAUAUAUGUCUGCUGGCGGGGGUUCGUCGGAGGCAAUAUGGCAGAUCUGGCUAAGAUUAACUACGAGACGGUCAGAAAUCUUGAACUUUUGGUUCCUUCCGUGGAGGUUUCAAUUUUGAAUAGUCUUGUAUCAAGUGGCCAGGUUCUCUCUGAGUUUAGUCCUGUCCAGCGAAAACAGAUUUUGCUUAGAUUACGCUCUUUUGGUGACCGCAUUCCGUCGUUAUUCUCUUUCUUCGAAGAUUUUAAAUGUUUUGAAAAAUGGGCACAUUGUGUGCAUCGUCUUUUUGAGCUGAAUGGUCACACUGUUCGACAGAGAAUGGACCGGGAAUGGAGACCCAGAUCAUUCUAUAUAGAGACCGGAGAGAAUGCCUAUUCCGAAGGAAGUCCUGCGGGGUCCGAUGGAUUCGACUUAGCAUACCGACAGAUAUGGCUCUUUGCGAUGCGCCACUACCCGGACAUACCCAGAGCAGCAAGAAAGAACCCCAAUAUGUGGGCUCGCUGCAGAGCGAAGUAG